GCGUGGACGUGAAGAAUAUACAAAUCAAAUAACAGCAUUGAGCAUAUGAAUGAGGGUAGUUUCUGGGGGGGGAAAUCGAAAUUCAAUAUAGGAAAAAAAUAGGGAAGUCAUCAUUGGACCGAAGUCUAAAAACAAAAGUAUCAAACAAACAAUUAAUCUAUGGGCGUCGUGGCGGACAGCAGACUGCAAUUGUUCUCAAGGUGUCUGUGAGUGUGAACAGUUCCGUGGUAAACAUAUGGGCAGCUGUACAAUACUGUAUGAAUCAGUUUUUAAUGCCAAGGUGGAAGAACUACCUCACAGUUUUCCUAAUUUUGUAUGGUGAGCGGGGAAAGAGUUCAGCGUGCUAUUAUUGCAGUGUGUUGAUGCGUUGUAAAAUUCCUGCUGGAGGUGUGUAUGUUUGAACUGUGAUUUUCCCGCGGAAAUGAGGCGAAUGUGAUCGGAUACAAAAGUUGUAGGACUUUAUAUUGAAGCGGCAAUGGGGAGGAAGAGGAAGGCGAAGAGGCAUGAGGACAAUCAAGGAAUUCACCCUGUCACCGCUGAUUUCAACCAUGAAAUGAAAUCUGUCAAGAAUGUGCAGAGCUCUGGCAAUACCAUACACAGACCUGGCACGAGUGUACAUAGCCCUGCCACGAAUGUACAUAGCCCUGCCACAAAUGUACAUAGCCCUGCCACGAAUGUUUCCAUCCAGCAACCGAUCGCGCCGGCAAAUCCGAAGAAGAAAAAGAAGGUAAAGCCAAAGCAGAAAACGCAGGUCACCGGGAAUAAUAAUCAGCAGCUGGCAGCACAGUCUGCUCACACGCUGCAGUCAUUGGUGCCGUAUCCUCUUUCGUCAGUAUUUGUGCCUUCCACAUCUGGAGGAGCAGGUGUAGCUGGAAAUUACAUGGAAGUGCCUAUGAGGAAGAAAAAGAAGAAGAAACCAAAGAGACUUAAUAAUAAAGGAAUUCACCCUGUCACUGCUAACUUCAACCAUGUAAUGAAGUCUGGCAAGAAUGGACCAAGCCCUGGCAAGAAUGUACAAAGCUCUGGUACGAAUGUGUGUGCCCAGCGACCAAUAGUGCAGCAAAAUCCAAAGAAGAAUCAGCAGGUAAAGCCAACGAACAACACACAGCCCACUGGGAAGAAUAUUCAGCAGCUGGCAUUGAAGUCAGCUCACACACCAGUGCUUCAGUCUAAGGAAAAAGCACAGCCCCCCGGGAAGAAUGUUCAACAGCUGGCAUCGCAGUCACAUCACACACCUGUAAUGCAGUCUUCAGUGCCAUGCCAAAAUUCAUCAGCAACUGUGCCGAGCAGAUCUGGAGGUGCAGGAAGUGUAGCAGCCCUGAAACAAGGGACAGAUGUGGACCCUACAGAUGAUGUGAUAGUGGUGGAAUAUACAAAAGAGGUGGUACUUGUGGACCUUACGAAUGAGGACACAGAGGAGGACAGUACCAAGGAAAGGACAGAGGUGGAUAGUACAAAUGAAAGGAGUGAGGUGGGAAGUAUGCAUGAAAGGACAGAGGUGGUCAAUUCGAAUGAAAGGACAGAGGUGAACAGUAGGAAUGAAAGGACAGAGGUGGACAGUAUGAAUGCUGCGUGCUUACUCACUGCAAGACCCGGUAUUCUGUCAGAUACCAAACUCGACAUCUGGCAUAAAGUUACCGUGAAACAAACUGUGAAUGACAGAGUAGCUGUUCUUAAUGCCAUCAACCAGCACAUUUCUCCUCUGAGGCUUAUUCCAUAUUUUUUUCACAUGGAAGAUGGACAUAUAACAUUCCUAGUGAAUAACUGCAUUACUUCCAUCAUUGCGUUGUUCAAAAAGAACCUUAAAGUGCCAUACAUGUCUACUGAGAUUGAAUUGAAAGUCCAGCUCCAUGCCAAGAAAAUGAACAUCUCUGCAAUUUUGCAGAGAAUUAUUGGUAAAAGGCUCAGUUCUGAGAAAACAGUUUUAGACCUGUCGUACCUGGCUAGCGUGCCUGAAUUUCAGAAAGUGAUGUACGACCCAUCAGAUACCUCUCAUUUACAGCAGCAGUUGCUGAAAAUGGCACAGGAAAUGGCCCCGAACCUCGUCAGCCUCAGUCUGGCAGGAAACGAGCUGUCGUCGCUGAAGCAUCUCGCUGGUCUCUUUGUCAAAAACAGCAAAUGGAAGUCAAUAAAAGUAUUAGAUGUGACUGACAACAAGAUUAAGACAUUUUCUGAACUGGUGAUCUUCAAGUCUUUACCUGUCACGGAAUUGUACUUGCAUAAAAAUCCUUUCUGUGGGAAUUAUAAAGAAGAACAGACUUACACAAGCAUUGUCAGAGCGAACUUCCCCCAUCUCAUUAAAUUGGAUGGGACUUACGUCCAGAGAGUGUUGCACUUGCCACAGUGGCGGCCGAAUUACAUUUUGUGGAGCAGCCACGGUAACUCAGCUGAGCUGGCUGACCAGUUUAUCGAGCACUUUUUCACACUGUACGAUGGUGAAGACCGGACUUGGCUUUGGGAUCUGUACCAUGAGGAUGCCUACUUCUCUCUCUCUAGCACGUAUCUUCCUGGACAGAGCACGGCAACUAGUGCGAGGCUGAGCUCCUACCUAACAGAGUGCCGUAAUCUCUUACACAAAUCUAAUAAACAGAAACUUCAGGCCGCACUGUGCCAUGGCGCGGAGAGCGUUCUCGCAAAACUUGAGAAGCUGCCACGGACUCAACACGACCCGUACUCCUUCACUGUGGAUCUCCUACAUCAUUCUGACACAAGUGCUAUAUUGACUGUUACGGGUGUCUUCAGAGAGCAAAACCGAAUACAAGACAUAUCACCUCGACAUUUUAUGCGCACCUUUGUCCUCGUCAGUUUAGCAAAUAACGAGUACCAGAUAAUUAAUGACAUCAUGUAUGUAACAAAUGCGGCAACUGCAGAGGCAGAGGGUGCAUUUAGGUACGUGAAGCCAUGUACAAACCAAAAGAAAAUUACACCACUGAAACGAAUAACACAGGUGACGGAGUGUGAGAAAAAUUCCAUGAUACAAGAGUAUUCACAACUUACUAACAUGACAAUUCCUUGGUCACGCACGUGCCUGAAUUUGGCGGGCUGGAAUCUAAAAGAAGCCCUUGAGAAAUUUAUGGAACUGUACAAAGCGGGCAAAAUUCCAGCAAAAAGAUUCAAUAAAUCAAAAGCAGCAGCAAAAUUUUAAAAGCGAGAAAUCUUUUGCCCCUCAUCAAGUACCUGUGUCUGUAUAGUGUCUGAAGUAGCUACUGAGUAACAUUGCAUCCUUUGUGAAAUUGGUAAUUGCUGGAGCUGCACCAGCACCAUUGCAGAAAAAGCUGAUGCAAGUUAGUUUUGUGAGUGGUCAGCAAAGGUGCAUCAGCAGCAAAAAGUGUGCUGAGAGCAGUCAAAAAAAAAUUCAAGUUAAGAAAACUUAAAUUAUGAGACAGAGUUGCUUGGCAGUGCUGAGGUUGUGAAAUAUUUAAUAUUGCUGAUACAUAUACACACACAAAUAAAAGUUUGUGGCACUGUACACGCUUUUGGAAUUAAUGGGGAAUUAUUAGUUCCUUCCUUGGGAACUCAAGACAGCUAGGUGGGGGAAAAUUACAAAAAAGACCAGCUCACUCAAGACACCCAGGUGAGACGAAUGACCAGGAACGAGGAUGUAUCUUCAGUGUUCAACUGAGACACUCUUUAUCUAGGUAAGGAAUGUUGUGGCAGAGUGUAAAUAAUUUAGGAGCAAAGGAGACAACUCACCAAAUAGUAGAAGUGUUGAGUCAUUAGGCACACGCGAGAGAAUGAGAACUUUGCUAGCUAUUGAAACGUCCUUUAAUGAGCUGGAUCAGGGAGUUGUAAUGGGUAGGGUGGGUGGAGGGAGAAAAGACUGGAAAGUGGGAGGAGGCGUCGGGAAAGGUUGCCUGACAGCUCAGAGGUAGGCAGCUGGUGUGUCGGAUAAGAAUGAGAAACACUGGCAGUGAUGCCAGUGACUUGGAGGAGUAGAUUAGAAGGGGUGACAGGGCGGAGGAAGGGGAAACUGUUGGGUAGAGGAUGUGUGUGCAGUGAAAUAGCGGAGGUUAUGGAAUUACGGGAACAGAGGAUGUGUCAUAAAGAUAACUCCCAUCUGUGUAGUUCAGAAGCAAGAGCAGAAUUGACCACCCAGCAGUGGAAAACUAUGCUGACCACAACACACUUUAGUUCAAUCGCUGCUUCACAACCAUGGCUUCCCCCUGGCACGAGUUUUUUUGAACUACAAAUAUGGAAGUUAUCUUUGAAACACAUCCUUCAUUCCAUAAUCCCCGUAGCCUCAAUCUCCCCUAUCUCAAUGCACACACUGCCUCUACCCAACAAGCUCUGUCCUGUCAACCCUCCGAAUUCUCUCCUCCACAUCAUCGCCAUCAUCCACCCCACCAACUCACUCACUUCCGGCGUCCGUGUGUCUCAUUCCCCUUGCCUCAGCCACCCUUCCCCAACCCUUCUUGCACUUUCCAUCCCUUUUGUCCAUCUGCCUAUUCCACUCAACACAAUGCUUCAUUCCAGUCUACCUGCCAAUCUGCAGCCCAAUACUGUGAUUUCAGUCAACCGGCACAAUAUGUGAGGGCAGGGGGGGGGGGGGGGUUGUCUGGAAGCUAGUAGUGUUUUCAUUCCUUUUUGUGUGCCUGUCAAUGACUCAAUGCCUAUGUGAUUCAAUAAGUUGUCUCCUUUCCUCCUAAAUUAUUUACAUCUCUCUUCAACUAACUUUGACCAGUGUGCCUUGCUAAUGCCAGUGGACAUCCAACUUUCAGUAACUCCAUGGCGGAAAUAGCUCUGUUAACAGACUUUCCCUCAAAGCAGAUAAAAUCAGUAGAGCCAUUAAGCUCACAAUUUACACUACAUUGCAGUAAGACAACACAAGUCUUAAAACAACUCAAGUUUAUUAACCAAACCCUGGUGUCAUCUGACGUCGCUUUGGCUUUGUAACUUACAGAACUAAAGUAUCAUUGAUUGUUCUACAAUAUUAAUUUGUUACAUGGACUAUUCAUAUUAUUAAAUUAUAUUUUAUAAAUAUGAAGUCCACAGUAAGAGGCCUUCCAGUCAUGUUUCCAUGGUGUCCCGGAACCAGGCAGCUACAAGAUGCAUAUGCCUGUCUGUUGUUUGUAACUCGGCCAUACACUGUCAUUUCUCAGACACCUGGGGAUCUCUGAAACAUCAUCCGAACAAACUACUAAUAGAAGUUGUUCCAGCAUAAAAUUAUUCAACAGUUAAUUACUCAGAAUAGUUAUGAAGUUGACUUACUGCAAACCGACCUCUGUUGUAUAUUAUUUCUAUGUCGUGUCGUGCAAUUUGCAACAUAAUUUACAAACAACUGGUUCAUGGCUCCCUCUCAUCCUUCAGUGUGAUUUGUUCUCCCUUUUUAAUCUCCCACAACGUAUUUCUCUCUCCUGCCCCGGUAGUAUCUAAUACUUCUGAAAGCUAGCAUAGUGCUGUGGACAUUUUCUUUUAUACACGUCUAUCAACAACACUGAAUAUUUCACAUCCUGAAAGUAAAUACCAGCUAGCAUUUGUGUCUGAUAAUUUAAUCUAAUGUUCAUUAUAUUGUAUGUAAAUAAACGGUUUCUUGUGUGAAAUCAGUCUGAAAACAAAAUCUUGAAUCAGCUAUAUUUAUUUUGUCUGUGUACAUACAAUGCAUGGCUCCCAGGAGUCUCUGUGAUAUGGAAGACAAUAAAAUCUGAAAUGUUACGUUGCUAAUAUGAAUUUUAAUGUAUGCAAAUACAAGAUGUGAUCAAAAGUAAUGGGAAUAUAUUAAUUUUGUAGGCUUUAUACAGCUGAUUCUCAGUAUUUUUUAUUUUUAUUUAUUUAUCUUGUUAGAAUGCAUGUUUGCAUUUUCAGCUGUUUUGAAUAUUUAAUUUAUUGUAGACAGUCAAAAACAUUAUACAUGUUUUCAAGUG